AUGUCGGUAACAACGUCCCUUUGGUGGCCCGAAGAUCGAAUCCAAGCCACUCUAUGCCCGGAGUAUGUCUUUGGUCAUCUUCCGUCCGAUCUUUUGCCUCGUCUUGUGGCCCCUUUACCUUGGGGAGAAGGUCUUACCAGUGAGACAUAUCUCGACUGGAUCCUUCACAAGGCCGGCAGACUCUUUUUGAUCCUAGCCGACAUCGGCAUCCCUGAGCGCAUCUUCUCCCUGGUCGACGAGUCAUUCGAUGACGCAGACUUGCCAAUUGCAGCCCACAGUGUCGAUCGUCUGAAGCUCUCCCUUGACGACGAGAAUCCGACGCUAGAUGCCAAGUUCUUCCAUGCCCAGUGGCGUUUCCUCGUCCGAGGGAUCAAUCAAGGUGAUCAUAUCAAGUAUACCGAGAACGAAGGCGUUCCUGUCGAAUUGAUACGCAACGAGGCGGCGCUUGCGCGAGAAGGGAUUGAGAAAGUCGUUCUGGCUGGCACGGUCUGUAGGGUAUAUCUGCGGACCCAGGUUACCGUCGGAGGCGCGCCGCAUUUCUUUGAGGAACAGGAGGUUCUGGACGAGAUUCGCUCCUUGCGACGGUUAUCUCAUGAUCACAUCUUUUCCAUUUACGCUUCUUACUUUGUUGAUGAUACCAUGUGCAUUCUGUUUUCCGGUACAUACGAUCGUAACCUGAUGUCCUUUCUUACCGAUGUUCCCCAACCUUUCAAACGCCUGCCCAAGAAUCGACGCCGCGAGAUCCUGAUUAACUGGCCGCACUGUCUAGUUGAUGGGCUGGCAUGGUUGCAUGCUCACAACCAAGUCCAUGGCGCCAUCCGGCCGUCGAAUGUCCUGAUUGACUCAGAAUACCGUAUCUUCCUCGGCCAGUUUGAGGCACUCGAUACGUUACUGCCACCUGCCAAAAUAGACGACGUCGAGUCGUAUCAGUACGGAGCCCCGGAGCGCUGGGUACGUGCCGCUACCGUUCAGGAUACCGGCCCGACUCGAACAGCUCUUCCAUCUGGUGGUCGCACGGGUAGACGUCAGCCAUCAUCCCGCCCUGGAAGACUGAGCCUGUUCUCGAGAGGCUCGGGCUCUGAUGACGCGGUGGACCAUUCGCUGAGCCCACGAGCUGAGUCUGUCACCUCCCAUGGCACCGCCAUCCGCAUUGGAGGACUGCCCGAUUCACCGACGCGAUUUUCUUUCGCGCUGUCUUCAUCGUCCUCCGGAUCCAGCGGAAGCGCUCGCAAACGGGUUGUCGCCUCAGUCAAGCGGCCUAUCUUAUACACUCCAUCUAUCACCUCGUCCAACUCCUCCGGCUCCUCAGGUCGCUCCGCUUCUACGGUCCUCGAUCCCGCCCGACUCCCAGGCACGCGAUCGAAAACCGCCGUGGUACAGACUUGGCAGUCCCGACAGACAGACCCCGAGGCAUCGGACAUAUUCUCUCUCGGAGCCGUGAUCCUUGACAUCUUCACGCACCUUUGCAAGCGCAAGAUUACCGCCUUUGCGCACCACCGGGGCGCAAAGAACAGGACCGCCGGCCGCGGAGGAGGCGUUGCGGACUGCUCGUUCCAUCUGGACCGGAAUAUCGGCCAGGUAAGUUCGUGGAUCGCCCUACUGGAACACGACGCGAGGAAACGGAAGGAUCCCGUCUUCCGCGCCGUGGAGCCAAUGCUCGCUGUAGUACGGAGCAUGCUGGACAAGGAACCCGGCAACAGGCCCUCGGCCACGCGCGUGGAAAGCCGCUUCGUCGCCGCCCUGCGCCAGAUAGACGACUCAGUCACUUUGCACUGCACGUCCAAGUUGCACAUCCACGCCGCCGAAGCAUCCAAGACACAGGCCAUGCCGCAGCGCGAAUUUUCUAAGUCGGAGACUACGGCCCCUAGUUCAACCCAACCCAAACUCACUGUUACACCAUGCCCUCCCCAACCAGCACAGCAACGGACAGACUCCCCUCAUCAGCCGGAACAAUCACCCGCUGUCUUGCGACACCCUUCCCCAUCUCCAUCAGCAGCCAGCUAUGCCGGUUACACAGACUGGGCAGACACCUACACGUACAGCGACGACGACUCCGACCAGGAAAGCAGCGAAUACACCCCUUCCUCUUCGUCACUCAGGGUCCCCUGGCCAAUGCCACCAGACGGACCCUUGAGACCGGCGCCCUCCCGGGAUUCUAUUCUAGGCUACGGAGUUGCAAUCACUGAUUGA